GUGCGGACGGGCGGGAUCUCUGCGGGACGGGACCGGGCCGGUGGCGGCCGAGAUAGCGGGUCUCGAAGACUCCUCCAGCUCCGCACUCGGCUCCGGUGACAGGUUCGGCCCGGAGGGCUUCGUCCCUCAUCAUGGACUCGCAGAAAGAAGCUCUACAAAGAAUCAUUUCAACUCUGGCAAAUAAGAAUGAUGAGAUUCAGAACUUCAUUGAUACGCUAAAUCACACACUGAAGGGAGUUCAGAAAAAUUCUUCCAACAUCCUUUCAGAGUUAGAUGAAGAAUUUGAUAGUUUGUACUCCAUAUUGGAUGAUAUGAAAGAAAGCAUGAUUAGCACCAUCAAGCAGGAACAAGUGCGCAAAUCACAGGAGUUACAGAGUCAGCUUAGUCAGUGUAACAAUGCGCUGGAGAACUCUGAAGAACUACUAGAAUUCGCAACAAGGUCCUUAGAUAUAAAGGAACCUGAAGAAUUUUCAAAGGCUGCCAGACAGAUCAAGGAUAGAGUCACAAUGGCUUCAGCCUUUCGCCUUUGUUUGAAACCAAAAGUCAGUGACAACAUGACUCAUUUAAUGGUGGAUUUCUCUCAGGAAAGACAGAUGCUGCAAACUUUGAAGUUUUUGCCAGUCCCAAAAGCUCCAGAGAUAGAUCCAGCAGAGUGUCUGGUGGCUGACAACUCAGUAACUGUAGCUUGGAGAAUGCCUGAAGAAGAUAAUAAAAUUGACCAUUUCAUAAUGGAAUAUAGGAAAACAAACUUUGAUGGGCUUCCACGUGUGAAGGAUGAGCGAUGUUGGGAGACGAUUGAUCACAUUAAGGGGACUGAACACACAUUAUCAGGCUUAAAGUUUGAUUCAAAGUAUAUGAACUUCAGAGUGCGAGCAUGCAACAAGGCCGUGGCUGGAGAAUAUUCAGAGCCCGUGACCCUAGAGACCAAAGCACUUAACUUCAGUUUAGAUAACUCAUCAUCCCAUUUGAACUUGAAAGUUGAAGACUCCUGUGUAGAGUGGGACCCUACUGGAGGGAAAGGCCAAGAGAGUAAAAUUAAAGGAAAAGAGAACAAGGGCAGUGCCCAUGUUACUUCACUGAAGAAGCACACAAGAAGUGGUACGCCAUCCCCAAAACGGACAUCUGUAGGCUCCAGGCCACCAGCAGUGAGAGGCAGCAGGGAUCGUUUCACUGGGGAGUCAUACACAGUUCUGGGAGACACUGCUAUUGAAAGUGGACAACACUAUUGGGAAGUAAAGGCCCAGAAGGAUUGUAAAUCCUAUAGUGUGGGUAUAGCAUACAAAACUUUAGGGAAAUUUGACCAGUUAGGAAAGACAAACACUAGUUGGUGUGUCCACGUCAACAGCUGGUUACAGAACACAUUCGCGGCCAAGCAUAAUAAUAAGGUCAAAGCUUUGGAUGUUCCUGUUCCUGAGAAAAUAGGUGUGUUUUGUGACUUUGAUGGCGGUCAGCUUUCUUUCUAUGAUGCACACUCAAAGCAGUUGCUCUAUUCCUUCAAGACAAAGUUUACUCAGCCAGUACUCCCUGGUUUCAUGGUUUGGUGUGGUGGACUUUCUCUGAGCACUGGAAUGCAGGUUCCAAGUGCUGUGAGAACACUUCAGAAAAGUGAAAAUGGAAUGACUGGAUCAACAGGCAGCCUGAACAAUGCCACUCAGUAGCUGCAGCUCACACUGGCGUUUUCCAUGCAGUUCCUAACAGAUGCUUCUGAGUGGUGGAGAUCAGGUUUGCUGUGUUCUGCUGUAAAGCCUGGAAUCUGUCAGACUGCACACCAAAUAGGAAGCAGCUACGGGAGGUCACAGCAAUGUCACAGAGUCAAGCAGUUGGGGUGCAGGAAGCUGACAUAGUGGUAUCUGAAUAGUAAAUAGGAAAAAUGCAGUGUUGAAAUAGUUAUGUUGAAACCCAUUUUUCUGUUUGUUAAGCUACUCUGGCUUGUCCAAGUAGGUGUAAUUACAUUCGGUAAGCCCAAGGCCUGGGCUACAAAGCUUUUAAAACUUGCCUUUUCUCAUCACAUGUUCUUGUUUCUUUCUUCUCACCAGCUGUCAUUAAGUCCUCAUACUGAAGCUUUAAAAGCAAAAAGUCCCCUAAGGCUUCCUAGAUAAUGAAAUGAUUGCCUAGGGAUGGCAGAGAAUUUUUCUCACACUGGCUUAUUUUAUUCUUUUAUAAAUAAGAUGAACUUUUGAUAGGGUAACUUACUUAUUGACUAGUUCAUAUCAUUUUCUCCUCUAAAAUAUUGUGAUAUUUUUCUUAUGGUUAUAACUCAAAAUAUCAAGCAGAAAAGGAUAAUUUAGGUAGCACAAAGGAGUAUUCUUCACGUGUGUUUUUGUGCUUCCACUCCACCCUGUGGCCCCUGGGUACUGUUUAAAAAGCCAUGCUUUCUGAUUUUGUUCUUUACUUUAAUCCCACCUUUUAUAAUUAUCUUUGAUAAAAUUUCCACUUAAAUUUGGCCGUGAUAAUUAUUGCUUAUUUUGACCCUUAUUAGUAAGAAUGGAAGUUUGUUAAUUAAGUUCUAUAAAGGGUAAAAAGCUGCACAUUAGUAAUUUUUUUGCCUAUGAAAUAUUAUAAAGAAUGUGCCUAAAGUAUUCUUUUCUGAAAUAAUUUAUAUGUUAUUUUUACAAAGAUAUGGAUUGGUUUAGCCAGCUGUUUAAAAACAUGUUUCCAACUUAAUUGGUAUAUGUCGUUUUUCAAACAACUAUUUGAAGGAUUUUUGUUUUGUUUUGCUUUAUUAUAUCUGUCUUUUUUGGCUCAUUAAUUCACUAUUUAAAAGUGUAUGAUUCUUCAAAAAGUGAACACAGAUAUAUCUUUCCCAAAUCUGAAGCAAUUUGUGAAACACUGAGUAAAAUGUGUGGUUAUUAACAGAAAAACCUUUUUUUACAAAGUUGACUAAAACUU